AUGUCGCCUUCUGAUCUGAAUUUGACAUUAUCGCUGUCUGCACCAUCCUUUCAUCCCAUACUUUCCCUUCACGUCCAACCGCCUAGUUCCCUUCCUCUCACUUGCAGCCUACAAGCUCGACUAUCACUGAAAAUGCCCGACGAGAUAUUCGUCGAUCCAGAUGAGAUCGGAGACAAGUUCGCUGGAUCCGCUGUUACCUCUUGGCAAAUAACAAACGCAGGUACCGCCGACAAGGGAAAGGGGAAAGUUAAGAUUGAUAUUGAACGGCCAACUCGCAAAACAAGCUCGGAAGGCUUGAGUGUGUUAGAGCUGAUUUUGGUUCCAAGAAAAGCGUCGGCAUGGAAUGAGGAGCUGGACGAAAUAUUAGUAUUGGACGUACCGCUACAUGGAAGAUAUCUAGCUCCUUCCGAGAAAGGGGAAACAUCCAUCUUGUUCCCAGAGUCUGAUGGGGAGAUAAGAGGUCAAUGGACAUGUGAUUCAAAUACACAAUCAGUAUUACCAAACCUCAAUCCUUUACCUGUUGAAAUCACGUUACCAACUGGUAAACAUUCUCAUCAACACCUUGUCGAACUAAUAACCCCUCUAUGUAUAUGGUCAGGCUGGGCUUGGUUGGUUUAUAAGAUGCUAAGAUUACGAGGCAGAGUCUCGAUUCUAGGUAGAGCGAAAAAGGACAUUUGA